UAAUUCGCCUCAACCUUCUCUAAAUUUCUUAAAAUUUCUCUAAUUUUCUUAAAAUUUCUCUAAACCUAAUUAAUUUACUUCAAACUUCUAGUUCUACACACACAUACACAGAGAUGGGCUUGAAAUGGCUUCUUCACUCUGCAUGUCAUGUUUUAGGGUACCCUAAUAAUAGCCAGAUCCAGGGUACUGAAUUUUUAGGGGUCCCUAAUGAACCACAUGUCAAGGUGGAAAAGUGCCCUUCAGGUUUGUUUCAGAUGCCUCUGCAUUACCCUAGAUAUUCCAAAACUGACUAUGAGAAAAUGGAAGAAUGGAGGGUAGAUAUGCUUCUUAAACAAUAUGGCCUAAACUUUAAGGGUACCCUUGAAGAGAAGAGGGCUUUUGCAAUUGGGACAUUCUUGUGGCCUCAUCAAUAUUGAUUGUUAAUUCUUUUUUCCUGUGCUGUGGAGAAAUUAAUGUUAUGUGUAUUAGAUGUUUUUAUUUAUAUGUAAAACUAUGUAUUGCCUUACUUAGAGAAGAAUUUUUUUUUUUAUUGUAUCGAAUUUAGAAAAUAUUAUUAAACUCAAUCCUGAUUUUGUUAUCUGAA